CCCCAGCUGGCGUGCAACAAGGAACGACUCUUGCUCUUACACAUUUCUGUCAAAAUGUCUGCGGUGGUUAUCGACAACGGAUCCAGCUUGUGUAAGGCCGGGUUCGCUAGUGACAAUGAACCAAAGGUUGUCUUCCCCGAAGUUGUUGGCCGCCUCAGGUAUCAGGGUUAUAUGGCUGGUUUUGGACAGAAAGAUACCUACGUCGGUGGAGAAGCUAUAUCCAAGGGUGGAAUUCUUACACUUAACUACCCUGUUCCACAUGGAAUAGUUACAAAAUGGGAAGACAUGGAGGAGAUAUGGCGUCACAUGUUCGAUAACGAGCUCCAUGUGGCUCCAGAAGAACAUCCCGUGCUCUUGACAGAGGCUCCACUUAACCCGAUGGUUAACCGUGAAAGGAUGGCUCAGAUGAUGUUUGAAACCUUCAAUGUCCCAUCUAUAUAUGUGGGCGUCCAGGCUGCUCUGUCUUUGCAUGCCUCUGGUCGUACCACAGGUUUGGUUCUGGAUUCAGGGGCUGGUGUCACCCACGCCGUACCCAUCUCUGAAGGUAAAAUUGUUACUCCAGGCAUUAUCAGGCUGGACUACGCUGGCGCAGACGUGACAUCAUAUUUGAUGAAAUUAUUAACAAAAGGUGGUUUCAGCUUCACUACCACUGCCGAGAGAGAAAUCACUAAUGACCUCAAGAAAAAACUUUUGUACAUUGCCCUCGAUUUUGAGCAGGAACGUGCUGCCUCUUCCAUCUCUUUGGAGAAGACUUUUGAGCUUCCCAGCGGUGAAAUUAUCACAGUUGGUACAGAGAGGUUCUGUAGUCCAGAGCUUCUCUUCAAGCCAUCAAUUAUUGGUGCUUCUCAGGACGGCAUCCAUAAGGCAACAUACGAUUCGAUUAUGAAGUGUGAUGCUGACAUCCGUAAAGAUUUAUAUGCUAACAUUAUUCUCUCGGGUGGUAACACCAAGUUUCCUGGCAUGGCUGAAAGGAUGCAAAAGGAGAUGACAGCCCUUGCUCCAUCAACAAUGAAUAUCAACAUCAUAACUCCUCCGGAGAGGCAAUACUCCACCUGGCUCGGUGGCUCCAUCCUUGCUUCAAAGUCCAACUUCAAGGACAUGAGCAUCAGCAGGCAGGAAUACUAUGAGUCCGGCCCAUCCAUUUUGCACACAAAGUUUUGAGACUUUCAGACAUUCUUCUAAUAACAUAUUGUGUCCUGAGGUAAAUUAAAGCAAAUGAUACCGGAUAAUGUUUAGGAAUUAUAGAUUAUAAAGUAAUUAUGUAAUUUGGGUGUUAAGCGUCAAUAUAAUGCAUGUUUGUGUUGUUUUGUUACUGUUAUUAUCUGAAUAUAAAAUGGAGACAAAAUAUUUACUCAGAGCCUUUUAUGUAUACUCAUUCUGUAGUUCCAAUAAAUUAAUCUGCCUAAA